AUGGAAAAAUCCAAAGUUGACUACAGCCUACGACUGCAGGCGGCUGCGCCUGCUUCAAUUGACCAUGACAGCCCUACCGAACCCACGAACAACAUAAACGGACAACAAUCGAUUGCGACCACCAAACCAACAUAUGAUGCAUCCCCAGUCCUCUUGUCGUAUAUAUGGUUCGGCAUGUUUUUGUUGGCAAUUGCUGUGAGUUUAGCUGGACAGACAAUAGUGUCUUACCAACCAUACGCGCUUUCUGAGUUCAAUGCUCAUAGCAUGCUAUCGGUAAUUGGCACAAUCCAAUACAUACUGUAUGCAAUUGUUAAGCCGGCGCUAGCGAGGGCUGCAAAUAUAUGGGGUCUUCUAGAAGCAUUCAGCCUGUCUAUCGCGGCGAUACUGAUUGGAUUUGCAAUCAACGCAGCUUCUCAAGAUCUAGGAGGUUUGGCAGCCGGGCAGAUCUUCUAUACCAUUGGACAAGUUGGCAUACAGUUUCUGCAGCAGAUCUUGGUAGCCGAAAUCACGACAUUGGAAAAUCGAUCCAUUCUCGGAAGCCUUGUUUUAUCCCCUACAAUAUUUACUUCUUGGAUUGGAGCUCCAAUUGUCAGUGCUAUGGUUCCCGCAAAGUGGAGAUGGGGAUACGGCAUGUGGGCCAUUAUAUUUCCAACGAUCUCACUACCGCUUCUAUUUUCUCUUUGGCAGCAAAAGAAGCGUGCCCACAAAAUUGAGUCCGCUGCUACACAUGGAAAGCUCGAGAAUAUUUCUGCGCUCUGGUCUCAAUUGGAUAUUGUAGGACUUACUCUUCUGACGGCCAGUCUAACCCUUAUCCUACUCCCGAUGACAUUGUCAACCACAAUUUUCCACUCAUGGUCUUCACCGGGGAAAAUAUCUAUGAUUGCCGUUGGAGGUUGCUGUUUUAUCGCCUUCUUAGUGUACGAGGUUUACGUUCCUUCGCACCCUAUCAUGUUGUUGAACUUAGCCAAAAACCGCACCGUCGUGGCGGGCUGCAUAUUGCAAUUUGUUCUCUAUAUGAGCUUCUACAUUUGGGCGCCAUAUUUCUUCUCAUUCCUCAUAAUUGUCAACAAUGAGUCUUCCAAGGCGGCCACAAACAUCACUGCAGCCCAAACAGUUGCAAUCGCCGUUAUUGGACUCCUCGCAGCUUUUCUUGUCAGAUUGACUACGACAUAUAAGUGGGUUAUUAUGCUGGGAAUGACAUCAAAGUUGGUGGGAGCAGGAUUGAUGUUACGAUACUCUAACGCUAGAGCAAGUACUGUACAGAUUUUGUUCGGCCAGCUUAUCUCUGGUGCUGGGACAGGCAUGAUAUCUAUCAUUGCGCAAACUGCCGUUCAGGCUGUAACACCGCUUCAAGACGUUGCCUCUGUGACAACUCUAUACGAAGUCGCUGGUGCAAUUGGGGGAGCAGUUGGUAACGCCAUAUCCGGUAUUGUCUGGACAGCUCUCCUUCUUGCUAGGCUUCGAGCCAACUUGCCAGCAACAGCGCAAUCUGCUGCGGUGGAAAUUCAAAACUCUUUCUUAGUAGCCUCAUCAUAUUUGCCUGGUAGCUCUGAGAGAAUUGCCAUUGACAAAAGCUAUACUGAAGUAAUGCAUGUACUUCUUAUUGUAGCACUUGCAGUACUAUCAGUCCCCUUUAUUGCAAUGUUUGCGAUGGAGAACAUAAGACUGAAAGAUGAGGCUACUGAACAAGAGUAA